GUCAAAAAUUGAGGUUAACUUAUUUGUGAGUUUGUUGUUAUCUGCUAUUUUUCUUAUUGCAUUAAAAUUAUAGUGCCUUUUUCCAAGAUAAACAGUUUAUUUUGGCCCAGGAAUAUUUAAAAUACAUAUUUUAUAAAAAAAUAAUCCAAAUAAAACUGUAAAUGUUCUCAAAAGGAACUUUGUUUAUAGCUCAACAAUGUCCAAGAUACGUAAAAUUCUCAAGUGCUUCCAAGCCAAAAACUGCAAUUUUAAUGUUAAACAUGGGCGGUCCUCAACAUAUUGAUCAAGUUCAUGAUUACUUGCAUCGAAUUAUGACCGAUCGAGAUGUAAUUCAGUUUCCUUUUGCCCAAAAUGUUAUAGGUGAAUGGAUAGCAAAAAGAAGAACACCAGAGGUACAAAAAAAAUACCAGGAUAUUGGUGGAGGCUCUCCCAUUUUAAAAUGGACUCGGUUACAAGGAGACCUUUUAUGCAAGAAACUUGAUAAAGAGCAUCCUGAGACAGCACCUCAUAAACCAUACGUUGGCUUCCGUUAUGCAUCACCUUUUACAGAAGAAGCUUUAGAGGAAUUGAAGAAAGAUGGUGUAGAAAGAGCAAUUGUCUUUUCUCAGUAUCCUCAGUAUAGCUGUGCAACAACUGGAUCCAGUUUAAAUGUGGUAUAUAAAUAUUUCCGGGAUAAUGGUUUUCCUGAUGGUUUAAAAUUGAGUAUUAUAGACAGAUGGUCUGUUAACCCACUACUAGCCCAAUGUUUUGCACAUCUUAUUCGAAAGGAAUUAGCAUUAUUACCUGAUGAUGUCAGAAAAGAAGCAAUUAUUUUAUUUUCUGCUCAUUCGUUACCAUUAAAGGCAGUGAAUAGAGGUGACUCUUAUCCAUCUGAGGUUGGAUGCACGGUACAGCUUGUUAUGUGGGACCUUCAGUAUUGUAAUCCUUACCAAUUAGUGUUCCAAUCAAAAGUGGGUCCCUUACCUUGGUUGGGACCCUUUACCGAUGAAUCAGUAAAAAGUUAUGCGAAGCAAGGUAAAAAGGCUAUCUUGGUAGUGCCUAUAGCUUUUGUGAAUGAACAUAUUGAAACAUUGCAUGAGCUUGAUAUUGAACUGAUUGAAGAUGCAAAGAAGGCUGGAAUAGAAAUUAUAAGAAGAGUUCCUGCUCCCAAUGAUCAUCCCUUGUUUAUUGAAGCUUUAGUAGAUUUGGUCAAACAUCAUUUAAGGAGUAAAUUGCCAGUAUCACCUAAACUAAUAAAUAGAUGUCCACAUUGUGAUAGUCCGAGAUGCAUUGAAAGCAAACAAUGGUUUGCACAAAACUGUAAAUUGUAAUUGUAUAAUACUCUACAAUUUGGUUGGUUGGGGAUUUUAAUAUAUAGAUAUUAUUCUGGAAAGGCAUAUAUAUUUGUGUUAUAAAGUAUAAUAAUUGUUAAUGAGUUUUAUAAUAGAUAUUUAUUUGUUGUUUUAGAUUUAGUUUUGACUUUUUUGUAAAAAAUUUUUAAAAUAAACUUACUAUUU